AUGGUUGCAAUUACCUUGACCUUGCCUGCAGACAUAGUUGUUGUCAGGAAAACGUGUUUUGUCAUUGUGAGCAAGUGGUGUUCAAUCAACAAGCCCCAUGAUGGUGGAGGAGAGGAAGCCAAGUUGAAGAGCAGAAAGUUAAUGGCAGAAGCGCACGUGCUGAUCUUCCCUCUUCCAGUGUCCGCGCAUGUUGGGUGCAUGCUCAAGCUCGCCGAGCUUAUCGCCCUUCAGAAUCUCCAUGUCACCUUGCUCACCACGGACACCGUACAUAACCGCCUCACUCGUUUCAGUGACAUCGAGGUUCUCUCAAAAUCCUACCCUACACUCCAUUUCAAGACCCUUUCCGAUUGUUGCGACGAGGGUCACCAUCCUGGAUUCGGAGACCGUAUCUUGGAAUUUAUCUCUUCCACCACUUUCCACGCUAAGCCCGUCUUGAGAGACAUUCUGCUCUCCCACACUCCUCAAAUUCCCAAAAUUAGUUGCAUUAUUCAGGAUGGAAUCUUCGGAAGCCUUUCUGCUGAUGUGGCUGCUGAGUUCAACAUGUGUAUACCAAUCAUUCAGUUUCGAACCAUCAGUUCUUGUUGCUUAUGGGCUUAUAUAUGUGUUCCCAAGCUCCUCCGGUGCCAAGAACUUCCCAUUAGAGGAGAUGAGGACAUGGACCGGAUCGUAAACAACAUGCCAGGCAUGGAAAACCUGCUUCGAUGCAGAGAUCUCCCUAGUUUCUUUCGACCGAGCAAAGAGGGGAACUCGUCUCUUGACUUGAUUGCGUUGCGGUCCCGACAAUCACUUGCAGCAGACGCGAUUAUCCUCAACUCAUUUGAGGAUCUAGAAGGUCCUGUCAUCUCCCAAUUGCGUCAUCACUUUGGCAAAGUUUACGCCAUUGGCCCUCUCUUCCACCAUUUGGACAUGAGAAAAGCAGAAUCCAAUAAAGGAAAAGACGUUCCUAAGUUUAAGAACAGUAUUUUUAAAGUGGACAGGAGCUGCAUCACGUGGCUCGACGCUCAGCCUGAAGGGUCAGUGAUAUAUGUCAGCUUCGGAAGUAGCACUAUUAUGAAAAGGGAAGAUUUGAUGGAGUUUUGGUACGGUUUGAUGAACAGCAAGAAGAGGUUUUUGUGGGUGAUGCGGCCUGAUAUGGUGGAGGGAGAAGACAACCAUGAGUGGGUACCGCCUGAGAUGGAGGAAGGGACUAAAGAGAGGGGGUUCAUAGUGGGGUGGGCCCCGCAAGAGGAGGUGCUGGCUCACAAGGCCAUUGGUGGGUUCUUGACCCACAGUGGGUGGAACUCAACCUUGGAGAGUUUGGUGGCUGGUGUGCCCAUGAUUUGCUGGCCAUACUUUGCGGAUCAGCAGAUUAACAGCAGGUUUGUGAGUGAGGUUUGGAAAGUUGGGUUGGAUAUGAAAGAUGUUUGUGACAGAGAUGUUGUAGAGAAGAUGGUAAACGAUCUCAUGGUUCAUAGGAGGGAGGAGCUUCUCAAAUCAGCUCAAGCUAUGGCUAUGUUGACUCACAAAACUGUGAGUCCAGGUGGUUCCUCUUACUCCAGUUUCGACAAUUUGAUUCAGUACAUUAAAUCAGCUAGCAGGGACAAUAACUAA